GCCUGAAACAGGAAGUCAGUCAGUGAGCUGGUGGCAGCAGCCGGGGCAACAGAGAGGGGACAGACGGCAAGUGGCCGUGCAGGGGCCUCACUCCCCGUGGUGGCGUGUUGGUCCUGGGGGUGGCCGCCGGUCCGGCCCGAGGAGGUCCACGCCCGCCAUGGUCCCGUGCUGGAACCAUGGCAACAUUACCCGCUCCAAGGCAGAGGAGCUGCUCUCCAGGACGGGCAAGGAUGGGAGCUUCCUCGUGCGUGCCAGCGAGUCCAUCUCCCGGGCCUACGCGCUCUGUGUGCUGUAUCGGAAUUGUGUUUACACUUAUAGGAUUCUGCCCAACGAAGAUGAUAAAUUCACCGUUCAGGCAUCCGAAGGCGUCCCUAUGAGGUUCUUCACCAAGUUGGACCAGCUCAUCGAGUUUUACAAGAAGGAGAACAUGGGUCUGGUGACCCACCUGCAAUAUCCCGUGCCGCUGGAGGAGGAGGACGCAGGCGACGAGCCAGAAGAGGAGACAGAAGGUGUCCCGUCUCCACCUGAACUGCCACCGAGAAACAUCCCUUUAUCUGCUGGGCCAUGUGAGGCCAAGGAGGUCCCUCUCGUCAGCGAGAAUCUGAGAGCCGCCGAGGUCAGCCGGCCGAGCCUCUCGGAGACGUUGUUUCAACGACUACAGAGCAUGGACACCAGCGGGCUUCCAGAAGAGCAUCUUAAAGCCAUCCAGGAUUAUUUAAGCACUCAGCUCACCCUGGACUCUGAUUUUGUGAAGACAGGCUCCAGCAGUCUCCCUCAUCUGAAGAAACUGACCGUGGUCCUGUGCAAGGAACUCUAUGGGGAAGUUGUCCGGACUCUCCCCUCCCUGGAGUCUCUGCAGAGGUUGUUUGACCAGCAACUCUCCCCAGGCCUCCGUCCACGGCCUCAGGUGUGUGGUGAGGCCAAUCCCAUCAACAUGGUGACCAAGCUCAGCCAACUGACAAGUCUACUGUCCUCUAUUGAAGAUAAGGUGAAAGCCUUGCUGCAUGAGGGCCCCGAGUCUCCCCAUCGGCGCUCCCUCAUUCCUCCAGUUACUUUUGAGGUGAAGUCAGAGUCUCUGGGGAUUCCUCAGAAAGUACAGCUUAAAGUCGAUGUUGAGACUGGGAAACUGAUCAUUAAGAAGUCCAAGGAUGGUUCUGAGGACAAGUUCUACAGCCACAAGAAAAUCCUGCAGCUCAUCAAGUCUCAGAAGUUUCUGAACAAGUUGGUGAUUUUGGUGGAAACAGAGAAGGAGAAGACCCUGCGAAAGGAAUAUGUUUUUGCUGACUCCAAAAAGAGAGAAGGCUUCUGCCAGCUCCUCCAGCAGAUGAAGAACAAGCACUCGGAGCAGCCGGAGCCUGACAUGAUCACCAUCUUCAUCGGCACCUGGAACAUGGGUAACGCCCCCCCUCCCAAGAAGAUCACGUCCUGGUUUCUCUCCAAGGGGCAGGGAAAGACGCGGGAUGACUCUGCGGAUUAUAUCCCCCACGACAUCUAUGUGAUUGGCACCCAGGAGGACCCCCUGGGAGAGAAGGAGUGGCUGGAGAUACUCAGAAACUCCCUGCAAGAAGUCACCAGCAUGACUUUUAAAACGAUUGCCAUCCACACCCUCUGGAACAUUCGCAUUGUGGUACUGGCCAAGCCGGAGCACGAGAACCGGAUCAGUCAUAUCUGCACCGACAACGUGAAGACGGGCAUCGCCAACACACUGGGGAACAAGGGGGCCGUGGGCGUGUCAUUCAUGUUCAACGGAACUUCCUUGGGGUUUGUCAACAGCCACUUGACUUCCGGAAGUGAAAAGAAACUCAGGCGAAACCAAAACUAUAUGAACAUUCUCCGGUUUCUGGCUCUGGGAGACAAGAAACUGAGUCCGUUUAACAUCACUCACCGCUUCACUCACCUCUUUUGGCUCGGGGAUCUCAACUAUCGUGUGGAGCUGCCCACCUGGGAGGCAGAAACUAUUAUCCAGAAGAUUAAGCAGCAGCAGUACGCAGACCUGCUGUCCCAUGACCAGCUGCUUAUGGAGCGGAAAGAGCAGAGGGUUUUCCUGCACUUUGAGGAGGAAGAAAUCACGUUCGCGCCCACCUACCGUUUUGAGAGACUGACUCGGGACAAAUACGCCUACACUAAGCAGAAAGCCACGGGGAUGAAGUACAACUUGCCUUCCUGGUGUGACCGAGUCCUCUGGAAGUCUUACCCCCUGGUGCAUGUGGUGUGUCAGUCCUAUGGCAGCACCAGUGACAUCAUGACAAGUGACCACAGCCCUGUUUUUGCCACAUUUGAGGCAGGAGUCACCUCCCAGUUUGUCUCCAAGAAUGGCCCCGGGACUGUUGACAGCCAAGGGCAGAUCGAGUUUCUCAGAUGCUACGCCACCCUGAAGACCAAGUCGCAGACUAAAUUCUACUUGGAGUUCCACUCGAGCUGCUUGGAGAGUUUUGUCAAGAGUCAAGAAGGAGAAAAUGAAGAAGGAAGUGAAGGGGAGCUGGUGGUGAAGUUUGGGGAGACCCUUCCAAAGCUGAAGCCCAUUAUCUCUGACCCCGAGUACCUGCUGGACCAGCACAUCCUGGUCAGCAUUAAGUCCUCCGACAGCGACGAAUCCUACGGCGAGGGCUGCAUUGCUCUACGUUUAGAGGCCACAGAAACUGCGCUCCCCAUCUACACACCGCUCACCCAUCACGGAGAGAUGAUGGGUCACUUCCGGGGGGAGAUCAAGCUGCAGACCUCCCAGGGCAAGACGAGGGAGAAGCUCUACGACUUUGUGAAGACUGAACGCGAUGAGUCCAGUGCGCCCAAGUCCUUGAAGAGCUUCACCAGCCACGACCCCAUGAAGCAGUGGGAACCUGCCAGCAGGGUCCCUCUCUGCAGUGGCUCCAGCAUCACUGAAGUCAUCAACCCCAACUACAUGGGGGUGGGGCCCUUCGGGCACGUGAAACAGGCCCUGUCCCCCGACCAGCAGCCCACAGCCUGGAGCUAUGACCAGCCACUCAAGGACUCCUCCCUGGGACCUGGAAGGGGAGAGAGCCCUCCGACACCACCCUCCCAACAGCCCAUAUCACCCAAAAAGUUCUCAUCCUCGGCCGUGACCCGAGGCCCCAGCCCCAGGACACAGGAGUCGAGGCCCAGCGACUUGGGGAAGAAUGUGGGGGAAGCUUCGCCUCAGGAGGACCUGAAGCUGACCAAGCCCGAGAUGUUUGAGAACCCUCUGUAUGGGUCUGUGAGUUCUUUCCCUAAGCUGGUUCCCAGGAAAGAACAGGAAUCCCCCAAAAUGCUGAGGAAGGAGGCCCUGCCCUGCCCGGACCCAGGAAUCUUGUCGCCCAGCAUCCUACUCUCCAAAGCCCAGGAGGCUGAGGGCAGCCAGGGGACAGGCAAGCCGGUGCCCACACCUGCGCCCACACCCACGCCCUUCCUCAGCCCCACACCGCGGCUCCGCUCCUUCACCUGCUCGCCCUCCCCUGAGGGCCGGCUGGCCGCAGGGGACAAGACCCAGGUGAAGCCCAAGGCCCCUGCCAGCUCCCAAGCCCCAGUGCCAGCCAAGAGGCCCAUCAAGCCUUCCAGGUCCGAGCUGAGCCAGCAGGCCCCGCCCACCCCCGCCCAGCGGCCGCCCCUCCCGGUCAAGAGUCCGGCAGUCCUGCACCUGCAGCACUCCAAGGGCCGUGACUACCGUGACAACACCGAACUCCCCCACCACGGCAAGCACCGGCCUGAGGACAUGCCGCUGGGCAGGGCCACCACGCAGUGAGACCUCUGGUGAGCUGCCAGUGAGACGGGGGCCAGAGGAGCAGCACGAAGCCACUCGGACCCUCUCCUGGGACUUCCUGUUGGCCCCUCCUACCCAGCUUCCUGUGCAGGGUUUCGUACUUUUCAGCAGAGGCCCAGCUUCUGUGUGGUCAGCAGAGUACGCUGGCUGCGGAACUGGGCCCUAAGGCUGAGGUUGGAAGGAAAGUGUAGCCAAAUCGUAACAAACAACUUGCACACCUGGGCCCCCGGCUUGAUCUUGGUACUUGGCACCCAAGGGCUUUGUUCUGGUUGCCAUUUUCAAGAAAGAAACUAAAAGUGCUGAUUUGCGGGUAGAGAUAUAAAUAAUAAUAAUGAUAAUAUUAAUAAUAAUAAUAAUAAUAAUGGCUGCAUGUAUCGAGCACUCACCACGUGCCAGGUACCUGCUAAGUGCUUUACGAGUAUUGUGACAUGAGUCUUCCUCAGCCAAACCAAACCACAUUCCCAGAUGCCCCAGUUCAAAACAGGAUGUCCUGCGUGAUUUGGGCAAAGCACUAAAAAUUAAGGCCUGUGACCUGAAGUGAGACAGCGCUCAGCCUUUAGGGAGCUGAAGAGUGAGUGUUAAUUUAGGCCAAGAGGAACCUGACCUUGUCCAGCUGCAGUGAUGCAAACUGCUUUAGCUGAAGCCCCAAGGGUGUGGGCAGAGCUGCCUGGAGAGCAGGGCUCUCUCUGGGUCCUCUCAGUUCUUUAGUCUGAAAAAGAAGGAAAAUCAGCUCCCACUCUCCAGGGGGGAGAGCCACCUUCAGCUCGGGCUACAGAGGCCCAGGCGGGAGCCAGGUUCCCCAUAACCUCCAUGAGGUGGGCAGCUUCCACUAGGCCAUGGGUUGAGCUGAGUCCCCCAACACUUAGGUCGUCACAUUAAUAGAAAGGUCUUUGCUCCCGAAAGCUGAGCUCUCCUACCUGGGAGCCAGGGGCCUCUCAAAACAGUGCAGUCUUUUCUUUAGAAAUCCUUAGCUUUGGGCUCUGAUUCUUUGAUGACUAGGAGACUACGUGGAUGAUGUGUUGUGUUGCUUUUUCACAUAACAGAAUUAAUGAAGGAAGCCAAACAGUGAAGUCUCUGUGUAAGGCAAUAAAACUGGGUACGCACCUUACAUCCCCUUGUGUGUCAGUCUGCGCAACCAAUAAAUUGUGCCUUUCU